AUGCAACUUCCUGAAGUAAUACGUAUAGCAUUGGUAAAGGCGUUGACGGAUCUCAAUACUCAUCCAAAUAAAAUAAGAACGACUGAAAGAUUAGAGCCUAAGUCUGAAGACCAUGCUAUUUGUUGCGCGACAUGUGCUUCCAUCACAUUCACUGAUGAAGAUCUCUUGUUAUGGUCCAAACCACAUAACCGUCCGCUUUUCAUGUCAAGGUAUGUGCGAGAACAGAAACUUAGUCUCAUGCUCGUGGAUGGAGGUUCAACAGUAAACAUCAUGCCUAAGUCCAUAAUGAUGAAGUUAGGUAUCACCAUGGACGAAUUGUCUCGAAGUCGCCUCAUGAUUCAAGGCUCCAACCAAGGAGGGCAAAGAGCCAUGGGCUUGAAUUGA